AUGAAAACCUUAAAAAAUACAGAUAGUUCAACUGACAAUAGUUAUUUGAAAGAUCAUGUCAUCAUUGAUACCGGAUCUGGAUAUAAUAUAACAAACAGAAAAGAUUGGCUCCUAGAGUAUGGUUCUAUCCAUAAUCCACCAGAAUUACUCGAAGUUGGCGAUGGUGACAGUCCAUUAAAGAUAGUUGGAUUUAGACUAUUACCAGUUAGACUGAAUAAAAACACUAUAGUCGGUACCGGAACUUUCUAUUGUCCAAAUGAGGAUACCACCAUAAUAUCAGCCAAUAAACUCUGGAGAGAUACUGGUUUAAGUUUAAACACUGGAUAUGACAAGUUAGUUGGAAAAGAUUGUGCUUUGAAUACAUUAAAAAUUGAGGAUACCAUAUGGAUACCAUCAAGAGAACUUAUUUAUGCAAGUCAUGAAAAUAAACUUCGAGCUGUAAGACUGCUUAAUAUCAAAAUUAAUAAACCGGACAUUUCCUUGUUAGAAGCCCACCUCCGUUUGAAUCAUUUACCAUCCCAAGUCAUUCAAAAGUCAGUGAAGAACAACUUCUUCUAUGAUGUUAAUGAAAUAAAAGACCAUAAGUCAACCAAAAAUCUUUGGUGUCAGACAUGCAGUGCUGGAAAAAUGACACGACACUUCCAUUAUACUGAUACGAUGAAUCAUUAUUCAAGCAUUAAGGAACCUGGAUCUUCGUGGAGUCUGGAUACAUUUGGUCCAGUCAAACCAACACCUAAAAAUGAUGACAAAUAUAUGCUAGUGAUGAUUGAUAAUGUGUAG